AUGUCUCAAUUUCAUUUUCGAAACCAUUACUUAGCGGGAAAAAUUCACUCUCCUCUUCCCACUGCAGUUCUCCCCGCGCGGGGUUGCCACUCGCCGCCGCUGACUGCCGCCUUCACGAUGAAGAGAUGCAGGCAACCGAACUCCGGGGAGAAAGAGAAAGACGGGGCAGUCGACAUAGAGGAUAUUAGCUUCAGCGCGAAGGAAAUUCCAAAAAUUAGGGCUUCCCUGCUGGAAUGGUACGAUGAAAAUCGGAGGGACUUACCUUGGAGAAGGAUCAACAAUGGAGAGAAAGACGCUGACAUGGAAGAGAGAGAAAGGAGGGCUUACGCGGUGUGGGUGUCCGAGGUUAUGCUUCAGCAAACCAGGGUUCAGACAGUAAUUGAUUACUUCAACCGGUGGAUGGAAAAAUGGCCCACAAUCCAUCAUCUUGCUCAGGCUUCUAUUGAGGAGGUGAAUGAGAUGUGGGCGGGUUUGGGUUACUACAGACGGGCCCGUUUUUUGUUGGAGGGAGCGAAAAUGAUCAUUGAAGAUGGAGGUGAGUUUCCAAAAACAGCAUCCUCUCUUCAGAAGGUUAAAGGGAUCGGAAACUACACUGCUGGAGCUAUUGCAUCAAUUGCUUUUGAGGAGGCAGUCCCAGUGGUUGACGGGAAUGUAGUCAGAGUGAUUACUAGGUUGAAGGCUAUAUCUGCAAACCCAAAAAAUUCAACAACAGUCAAGAAAAUAUGGAAACUGGCUACUCAGUUAGUUGAUCCUUCCAGGCCUGGAGAUUUCAAUCAGGCUCUCAUGGAACUUGGUGCAACAGUAUGCAGCUCAGCAGCUCCCAGCUGCUCCACAUGCCCUGUAUCUCAUCAAUGUGAAGCACUCUCUUUCUCCAUGAACCAUGACUCAGUUCAAGUCACAGACUAUCCCAUGAAGGUUGCAAAGGCCAAACAAAGACAUGAUUUUUCUGCUGUUAGUGUUGUAGAGAUAGUUGAGGAGGGAUCUCAAUUUGGCGGCAGGUAUCUUCUGGUGAAGAGACCAGAAGAGGGGCUGCUGGCGGGACUCUGGGAAUUCCCAUCUGUCCUGUUAGAGGGAGAAGCUAACUUGGCCUCCCGUAGAAAAGCGAUUGAUGGCUUUUUGAAGCAAUCGUUUGGUUUAGAUGUCAAGAAGUCCUGUAAAGUAGUUAUAAGAGAAGAAGUGGGGGAAUGCGUUCAUGUGUUCACUCACAUACGUCUCAAGAUGUACAUAGAGUUGUUGGUUUUGCACGUAUCAGAUGGGUUGAAUUUUCUACCAAAAGAGAAAGGGAGCACUACUGUGAAGUGGAAGUGCGUUGACAGCAAGGCCCUUUCAACUUUGGGUUUGACAUCUGGAGUAAGGAAGGUUUACACAAUGGUCGAGAAAUUCAAGCAGGAUGGGGUGGAUUCAGUCCCUUUAAAGACGAGAAAAAAGAGAAGUCAACAAAAUUAUGCAACCACUGAGAACAAUUGA